GUGUGUGUAUAUUUCUCCAAUGUAACUAACCAUCAUUGGUAAGUUGACCUGUAAAUUGUUAAAACAACGAAGUUAUAUAUGUAGAACGAGGAAUGUUGGUGCCACAUCCCACUGCUCUGGUCAAAUGGUCAUUAACAUCGAUGGCUCUCAAGCUUGCUCUAUAAAUAGUCUCAGCUUCAUCAUAUGAUAUUACCAUUCAGCCGAAGUGUAGAUGGCACUAUCACCACUAACUACUAUCACCACCACCACCACCACUAAGCCAGCCAGUAAUACACGCUUCCGUCUACACCGACCCUACUGCAUAUAGUAGUUUGUAGCAACAAUAACAACAGCAGCAGCUGUUUAGAUAGAAAGAUUCGGCUUCAGGAGUUUGGUGUUGUGUUGUGUGGGGUUUGAAUGGAAUACAGUACCGUGAUACCCAAACCUACAGCUGCUACUUAACCUUAAAACGCAUCUAUGUUUCACCAUAACUCAUAAAUAAGAAAACAUACUCACACACAAGCGUGUAUGUUAAUGUACGUAUUGCGAAUGUGCGUAAAUCGACUGCUUUCUUAGUAGUUAUAAAUUAAAAAUUAUAUAAAUAUAUAUUCUAUACAAAUAGUUGUGAGAGGAAUGCAAUCGUUGUUCAUGUCUAUAGCAAGCCAAUUAAUACAAGGAUAUAUUUAAUGUUCCAACAGUGUUAACUGAUGGCGCUAUUCGCUUGGAAAAAGUCCAUAUUUCUGCUGACAACCGAAAUAGGAUGGCUCUUGUGUUAUAGUUUAGCUUCAAGCACCGUCUGUCUUUCUCGAUAAUACACACUCAUAUAUACCCGCAUAUAUAUAUAUAUAUAUAUAUAUAUAUAUAUAUAUAUAUAUAUAUACAUAUAUAUAUUGUUAAUGUAAAUGUGUGUGUUUGUUUUUAGAGCUGUGACCGACUCGCCGAGACUUCAAUUAGUGUAAACUACUACUACUGCUGCUUGAUUCACCACCGAUCAUUUUCUAAGUAUUGUGUGUGUGUGCGUGUUGGCUGAAUGUUUAUUAUACGUAUGUAUAUGUCUUCUUUAUUACUGUGUCUCGCCUAUUGUCAUAGCCGGGUGUGGCCGUCAUACGGACGGGUGGACGGACGGACGACGGUCAGUCAGCAAACCACUAAGCAAUUGUUACCUCUAUUUUGUCCUGGAUGUUACACUUAAGGAAAGAAAAAGAGACCAUCUCCCAAACGAACAGAAGAGAUACAACAGAAAAAGCCUCUAUCUGUUCUAAAACCAGGCUAAAGAGCUUAUUACUUCUACCAAGAAGAAAACAGCUGCUACAGUUUACUUAAAAUGGAUGAAAAUAAUUUAAUCGUUAUUGGAUCUGAUGGUUAUUUUAUUCCAUAUCACCUCAGGGAAUAAGUUGGGAGCAAGUUCUACAUCUAUCCUUUGAAGCAGCUCAAGGAAUAAUUUAAGUACACUAAAUGUCUCAUGAACAUGUACUUUACAAACAAGGAUUCCGAUUCUGAUGAAGUGGUAAUUAUCGGCUCAGAAGGCUUAGAUGAUACAAAUGACGGAGAUGUUAUCUUUGUAUCACAGUACAAAUCUUCUUCAGAACCCAUUACCAUAGAUUGUACAACAUCUAAAGAAGCAGAAAAUGACAGUGCCAAAGUUGUUCAUUUAAAUGAAGAACAGCACUGUGAAAUGGAUGAAGAUGAUGUACAAGAUAUAAGUACUAUUUCCUCAAUUAAACUUGCAGACUUCUGUCAGCGUUCCAGUCAAAUCUAUAAUGACGAUAAUGAUCCCACAGAUCAGCUUGUUAUAAAGCCCCGUGACUCCCUUGGAUCUUUAAGCAUUGGUAAUAACUUUGGUCUUUCUCUCUCGGUGGAAGAACACAAUAAAACUCAAUCAAAGCCAGUAAUGGUUGUUGAUGUUUCCCCAAGAAUUGAAACUCCAAUGGAAAAUGAUGGUGAGCCUUGUACUCAUGAACUGAGUGUUUGUGAUAAAUGCAUACCAGACAAAGAGGAAAAUUCUGAAUCUCGUAUGGAUUUUAGGACUAAUUUUGACAACACUGAGAAUAAAGUGAUCAUGAAAAAAGAAGAAAAUGUCUUGCCCCAAAACUCAGGAAUUUGUAAAUGGAAUGUUGAUGAGCCUGUUACGGAUAAUUGUUCUGGUCAAAAAGCCAGUGGUUUACAACUUCAAGAAGAAGAAGAUAAUGACACAAGUGUUACAAUUACUCCUUGUAGCCAGACAGCUAAUAUGUUGUCAUCAAAAUAUGAUCCCUGCUGUUCUGAUUCUUCAUCAAAUCCAAAUCUUAUUUAUCAUUGUAUUAAAGAAAAGAAUGGCAUCAGUGAACACCCUGUGGCUAUGUGUCAAAAGCUGAAAACAAAAUUCUGCCACUCUUCUGAUCCUUCAUCGCCAAACAAUUCUCCGGAUGUUACAUCGGUAAUUGAUCAUGGCUCCCCUCGAAAGAAGCACAUGUUAACUUCACGAACAUGGAUUCCAGCCUCUGUAAUGGCAGAAGAGGAUAAUCAAAGAGCAGUAAAGAAAGGUGCUUGUGUAGCUUGCAAAGCACUGGUAAAAGAAGAUGAAGGUUCAUCUUGUGUUGAUCACCAUCUUACUUGUAGGGGAUGUUUGGAGGACAAAGUAAAAGCAGUUCUAAGUCGAAGAUGUUUAGAGACAUCUGUAAAGUGCCUAGAAGCAGGCUGUAACAAUUUCUAUUCAAAACAUGAACUGAGGCGUUGUUUGCCUGCAAUGAUAGUGGAUAUUCUUGAAGAAGUUCUUGAACAAUAUUAUGUUGAUUUCAUAACAAAUAUGCUAAUGAAAUCCUAUUCUCCAAGUGAUACCUCUGUGGGGCCUGAUAAUGAAAUGACUGUAGGAGAACUUGAACGUCCUCGAAAGCGGUUAGCAAUCAGUUAUGAUAGCUUACCCGAAAACUGGGUUGAAAUGGAAUCAAAAUUUAGUAAUCAGCUAUUCGUUCUGGAUUCUGAUUCUCAAGAAUAUGUCAAUGUGUCUAGAAUGUUUUUGUCUUCAAUGCAUUAUCCAGCCACUGAAAUAGUACGAAUCUCUCGAAUCCAAAAUCCUAUUUUAUGGAAAUAUUACUGCUUAAAAAAACGUGAGAUGGUACAAGAGAACGAUGGUCUUAAUGUUGAAGAAAGACAACUAUUCCAUGGUACAAAAAGCAAAGUGGUUGAACCUAUAUGUCGUAAGGGAUUUGACUGGAGGCUCUGUGGAAAACAUGGUACUGUUUAUGGACAUGGCUCCUACUUUGCGGGCGAGGCUUCAUACUCUCAUCAAUUUACUGAUGACAUUCGUAUUAAGCGGCAGCGUCCAAUUCCAGCUGGUCGUGUUAGUUCUAACAACAUUGCAAUGACCACUAAAGUCUUCUGCAAUCCUUACAAUAAAAAUGCUUUCCUCAAGUUGAGUCCAAGUAUUAAUAUUCCAAGUAUGAACCCAGCUGCACCACUGCAAUUAACAGGCUAUACAAGUUCAGUGACCACCUAUACUGCUCAAGGAAGCAUAAUGGCCAGUUCUAGUAACAACCCAUUUGUUAGUCAAGCUUUAUUAGGAGCUGCACCUCCUGGAGCUGGAUCAAAUAUAUGUUGUCCGACUAUCAAAGCUACUAACAAUCCAAACACUGCUGUAAACAGAGUACCGUCUAAUCGCAUAAACAUUGUCAUGAUGCCAAUGACAGAUGCAGACAAGAACCAAACUGUUCAGAAUAUGCCUAAUAUGCAAGACACUUCAUCAGUUGGCAUUGCUCCUAAUGUCCCAUCAUCUUCUUCAUCUUCAACACCCUCAUCAUCAUCUUCAUAUUCAUUACAAAAUUUGACUGUAUCCUUUCCUUCCAGUGGUAAUGUUGGCCCUACUGUAACUGCUAACAAUACAGUUAUGCAGUCUCCGCUUGUGCUGUCAACAGCCCCUAAACAGCUAGUACACCAACAACUGCAGACAGUGCCAGUGACUAGCACACCUCAACAUAUCCCUCUGGUUGUACCCUUCCAGGCAGGAACUGCUGUUAAUCCCAAAAGCCAUUUGGCUUCACACUCACACUCUAAAUUAAUCUUUGGAGGAUUGUCACAACCACAACAGCAAAUGCAACAACAGCAACAACAACAACAGCAGCAGCAGCAGCAAAAAUACCUUCUGCAGCGCAUCACACAACGACUUCAAACACAACCCACACAACGACUGCAGGCACAAGCAACACAACGACUCCAGCAACCAGCGAUACCAUCGCAGGCGCUGCAGUCACAGCAACUCUCACAAGCUCAACAGCCAUUAUUGCAAUUGCAGGCUGUGCAACAACUACAACCAUCACCGCAAUUACAGACUGCUGCACAAGUUCCACAGUUAGCCCAACCGCAACAUCAUCAGCAACCACAGCAAGUUGGGCCAACACUGCAACAGGUCACAUCAACUUCAGCACCUCAGCUGAUAACACUUGGAGAAUUUUUGUCCCCUUUUCAAACAGGAGCUUCGGCAGCUAAAGUUAACAUGGUGUCUCACACCCAGCCGAAACUUGUUUUUGGAAGAGUGCCAUCUCAACAACAAUCUCAGCAACAGCAGCCUCAGCAACAAGUAAUGGCCCAGCAAGCUGGUGUACCUCCACAGAACCAACCCCAAGCCCCACCCCAGCAUAUACAAGCUGCACAACAAACACCACAUCAUUUACAUCACUAUCACCAUCACCACCAUCACCACCACCAUCACCAAGCCCCAGUGCAACCACAGCAGCAACCCCAACAAAUAUUCCUGCGGAAAGGUUUUGUUGUGCCCAUUCCACCAGGAACUUCUGGUCCUAAAGUCAGCACUGUUGGCCAUUCACAAUCCAAACUAAUAGUGAAAGUACCACCAGCACCACCAGCACCAUCCCAACAACAACAGCUGGUCCCACAGACCCAGCCUCAGCCCCCUACCCCACAAGCAAUCCAGGCUCAACAGACAGCAAACACACUCCAACUCUACUGCCAAAAUGGAGAACCCCAUACGACACGGACCUCAAUACCUACAAACUGCACGCGGAAAAUGUUCAUUGCCAAAGUUCUCGUGGGCAAGUACACAGGUGGUAACAGCAGCCUGAAGAAAGCCCCACCUUUAUAUCCAUGUGCCGAACCAUUUGGAAAAUGCUAUGACUCUUGUGUAGACAACAUAUGGGACCCAAAGAUUUUUGUUAUAUUUGAUAGUGCCCAAGCUUACCCCGAUUAUUUAAUAGAAUAUGUUGUAUAGUGAUAGACUGAUUUUUAUAUGAAACACUCUUGAUAGCAUAUCUCUUUCUCUGUCUCUCUCUCUCUCUCUCUCUCUCUCUGUCACUCUCUCUCUCUUUCUCUCCUAUCAUGGUAAAGUUGACAAAUACCAAACUGUAUAAAUGGAACAGAUUUUAGUGGGGAAAAGACUAUGAAAAGAAGUGGGUGAAAGUGUUUACCUUCUUUUUUUCUGGUCUACAUUUUCCUUUUUAUAUAUUUUCUUUUUCUUUAUUAGUAUUUUUAUAGUUUGUGUUGAAAAUUUAAAUGCAUGUAUAUUUUUGUUAACAAUGCUUUUAUCAUUAUCAUAAGUAUUAUUGUUUGAAAAUUAACUUUGCUAUUUUUAACUUUAUUUUUUUGUUUACUUCUAAUCUUAUUAUUAUUAUUAUUCCUAUCUUGCACUUGUUGCUUCAUAGUGUCUUUUAGGUACGCUGAUAGCUUAGUAAGGAAAGGAACCAUUUUUUUUUUGUCUUUUUCAUCCUUUUAAAUUUAAGCUGUUUAAAUUGGGAGAAAAAUCUUUUUAGAACACAUUAGAUCUUGUAUAAAUGUUUCUUUAGAAUUGGGUACCAUAACCAGUUUACAUAGAAUUUUAAUACAACUUUUCUAAUUUUUAAUACUAAUAUUUUAAUCUAAGGCUGCCCUCUUAUCACCUGCUCCUAUUGACCCCCUUUUUGAGAAAAAUAUUCAUUAUCUUUUCUCACAUUCAUUUGCUUUCCCCGCCCCCUUAUGCUUUAAACCUCACUAUCUUCUCCAUUAUCUUUUUGUUUCCGACUAUUCAUGAAGGAUUGCUAUUAUAAGUGGUUUGUUAUGUAUGUGUGUGUAUGUGUGUAUGCAUGCACGUGUGUGCAUGCAUUCUUGAUAAGGUGUGCUUAUAAAUGUCAUUUGUUACAUUCUGAUAUCAUUGGCAGUCAUUUGCUAGCAAGAGAUAUCUUGCAUGAACAUAUUUGUGUAGUAUCGUCAGUUUGCAAUGCUCAACACAAUUAAAUUUAAAGAAAUAAAUAAAUGCCUCGGUUUAAUUUUCUUUAAUUAAAUAUACACCAUUUUCCCCAUAAAGUCUUUGUAUAUUCUGGAUUAAAAAAAAACAACUUAUAACUGAUUCUUAAUUUAGAAAUAUUUGGAAUUUUUACAAACUUAUGUCAAUUUCAUUCCUCUCUCAACUACAGCUUCUGUUUUACUAUUUUUUUCCCAUUGUCUUUAACUAAGAAAAUUUCUCUAACUUAUCACCCUCUUUCUCUUCAUCAUUCUUCAUAUAAAAUGUUUCUUCUCUCUCUCCCUCCCUCUCUCUCUCUCUCUCAGUAUUUUCUACCAUUGAUGUAUCUUCUGUUAUCUAUCUUUAUUCACUUUUCAUUUUCACUAUAUCUCACCAGCUGUCUUGUUCUCUGUUUCUUCAUGCCCUUCUGUUCCCACCCCUUUGGAAAAACAAUAAUCAAACAAAAAAUAUGAAAGAAAAUUUUUCUUUAAUACAUUCUUAUUACAAAUAUUUUGUGAUGUGUUUUUGUUUAUUUUUUUUCUUUCUUUUAACUGAUUACUUCAAUGUUUUAUAUAGUCUGGUGAUAUAUUUAAUAUGCUGUAGGGUAGGCAACUUAUGUAUAUAGGGUUUAAUUGAAUCCAAUUAAAUAUUUUUAAUAAUUAGCACUUCUAUUCAAUAUAUCUUAAUUGAUAGUUGUUCCUUUUUUUGGGUUUUUUUUUAAACAAAUGAAAAUUUAACACAAACCAAAUCUCAAUUAGCAUUUUGUAAAUGUUGGUGCUGCUGUAAUAUUGUUAUUCUUAUAAUCAUCAUGUGAACAAACUCUAAAGGUUUAUAGAGGUAUAAUUGUGAUAUUCUUGAAAUAUGCAUUCUUAGCAAUUGUAGAUGAUUAAUAUGUAGGAAGAGUUUUAAAAUGACAAAAAAAUCUUACACACACCUACACACAAAUUCUUACUUGACUUUCUACAAUAAAUUCAUUCCAAUAACUCUUA